UUAUGGUCAAUCAAUCGCUUCUUAUUUCGUGGUAAUUCUUGGUUGUGAUUUUCUGAAGGUCCAAAACUUAAUUGUUUCGAGAUUCGCAGAUUUCAGUACGUGACAUCAACACACACAGGACACCAUGAAGUAGAGAGAGGCUGUACUGUCUGCUUGUUGCAACCAGAAGGGAAAAAAAGGAUUAAACAAAAACAUACAUACGUAUAAGAAGGGAGUUCAGAGAUGUGAAAAAUGUCAGGAGGUUGUUCAUGUCCUGGGUGCUCGUCUAAGUCAUUCAAACUGUACUCGCCAAAGGAACCCCCUAACGGCAACGCAUUUCCCCCCUACCACCCAGGCAGCAUGCUGGAUCGUGAUGUCGGUCCGACACCAAUGUAUCCUCCGACGUACCUGGAGCCUGGUAUUGGGAGACACACACCUUACAUGAAUCAAACUGACUACAGGAUAUUCGAGCUCAACAAACGUUUGCAGAACUGGGCAGAGGAAUGUGACAAUCUCUGGUGGGAUGCCUUUACCACGGAGUUUUUUGAAGAUGAUGCCAUGUUAACCAUCACCUUCUGUUUGGAAGAUGGGCCAAAGCGAUACACAAUUGGCCGGACUUUGAUCCCACGCUAUUUCCGCAGUAUCUUCGAGGGAGGAGCAACUGACCUGUACUACGUCCUCAAACAUCCAAAGGAAUCAUUCCAUAAUAAUUUUGUAUCAUUGGACUGUGACCAGUGUACAAUGGUGACACAACACGGGAAGCCCAUGUUCACUAAGGUGUGCGUGGAGGGGCGGUUAUACCUGGAGUUCAUGUUUGAUGAUAUGAUGAGAAUUAAGACCUGGCAUUUUAACAUCCGGCAGCACCGUGAGCUGAUCCCGCGCAGCAUCCUCGCAAUGAAUUCCCAGGACCCACAGAUGCUGGAUCAGUUGUCAAAGAACAUCACAAGAUGUGGCCUGUCCAACUCUACUCUCAACUACCUCCGACUCUGUGUUAUUUUAGAGCCAAUGCAGGAGUUAAUGUCCAGGCAUAAAACCUACAGCUUAAGCCCAAGGGAUUGCCUCAAGACAUGCUUGUUCCAAAAGUGGCAGCGGAUGGUUGCUCCCCCUGCUGAACCAGCCAGGCAGGCACCAAGCAAACGCAGGAAAAGGAAAAUGUCAGGGGGCAGCACCAUCAGCAGUGGCCCCAAUUCUAAUGCCAACAGCAACAGCAAAAAGAAGAGUCCGGCUAGUAGCUUUGCGCUGUCCAGUCAGGUACCUGACGUGAUGGUGGUGGGUGAGCCCACCCUGAUGGGGGGCGAGUUUGGCGAUGAGGACGAGCGGCUUAUCACACGUUUGGAGAAUACACAGUAUGAUGCGACCAAUGGCAUAGACGACGAGGACAGCUUCAACAACUCCCCUGCGCUGGGAGCCAACAGCCCCUGGAACAGUAAGCCUCCAUCGAGCCAAGAGAGCAAGUCGGAGAACCCAACAUCACAGGCCUCACAGUAAAGAUGUACAAAACAGUCAGUGCCGUUCCAAAACCCAAAAUAAAUCUACCUUUCAAAGUCAAAAAACAAGUGGAGGUACCGGGGGCUGGUUUGUCACUGUGCAACCGACUUGUGCCACCAAUGAUGCAAGCAUCAAUCACUGAUCUCUCCUUCCCAAUCUAUCACUAAUUAUUGGAUAUAAUACCUGCUUCUAUAGUUUUUUUUAGCUACUACAAAGUAUUUUCAUUUUAACUCUGUCUCUUUGAAAAAAAAGUGUUAAUAAACAGCUUGUUGCUGAGGAGAUUUGAAACCUGCCCCAAUUCUAGCUCCUCUCUUCUGCUGAGCGUUCUGUCAUUUUGGCUUUGGACAGGAAAAGAAAUUGCUGUUCUAGAAACUUCCACAGAUGGCACAGUAGGCAAAUGGGCCACCUGUGCAGUACUGGGCUAUACGGACCAGGACUUUCUGAAAUUUGGUCUCCUGGACUGUGCUGUGAUAACUGAUUUCAGCAGAGAAUAUUGAGUGGGGAUGGGUUGCUACAAUUGGCCUCAGUUAGGGACCCCACUCAUCUGUAUGUUCACUAUCUGGUGACAUAGAAAUGAUACCAUUGCAUGGUUGUUGGGUGAAGAUGGGACUGUGAUGCCCAAUGUAGUUGAACAGCACAUAGCCACGUACUCUUAGAUUUCGUGAAGAAUGGAACACCUGGAUAGGCAAUUUGUGCCAAUGGGACUGUAAGUGAUAAGUGAGAAUUGGGUAAACACUGUGGAUACGGGAGGGGGUGUUGAUUCUUGGUAUCCAGAUUUUCUGUUUCUUAAUAAGACUUCUAGAAACCACAUCCUCACAUAACCUCCUUAGAGUAAGUUAUCAAGAUAGAAGUCUACAGUGAUAUGCAUCUGAAUCCACCAAACCCCUGCAUUUUUAUAGCAGCGAUGGACUCCAUGGCUUGUAUAUUCUUUCAAAGGAUAUUGGUGAUUUUAUUGCAUGGUAUUCAAAAAAACAUUUAAGCUUAUUUGUUAGUAAAGUAUUCAUAAAAAUUGUGAUGAUUCUCUCCAGACCUUCAGAAAGUUGGUUCAAUGAAUAGAUACGUUCUGUAGAUCAGGCAGAUCCCAGGUGUGUUGCUCCUGAACCAAACUGAAUUUGGCAUCUUGCUCAGGGCAAUACCAUGGGUGCUACACUUGGGCUCAGCACCCUUGGGCUGGAGGGGCAAAAACACCUGGUCAUGACUGGUAUUCAGUGAUUAACACUGGAAAAUAUAUACAUGUCUGGGUAUAAUAUGAGGACAGAAUCAGUCUUGGCUGUGAUAACUCCCUUUGUUAAAUACUCUGCUACCACUCACUGUCUUAGCACGUAUGUGAAGACUAGCCAUUUAAAUGAGGUGUUGGAGACCCCUCCAAGUUCUGACUGAUGCUGACAGAUCCUCUGCUGCUUUCUGAUGUUUCAGAUUUCAAUACGUAACAGAUUUGUAGUUUCAAUUGUUGGUCUCUGGCCGUGCUUAGACGUUAUUGUCCAUGAGGUAGGUAUCUUGUCAAGUUUUAUUUUAAAACAGGAUGCCUCUCAUGAUUUGGAGUGCAGAUAUUUCCAAAUCUGCUCUUUAACUAACACAACAAACUAGUUCUCUUUUUGAUGUGCGUUGUGAAACUGGUUAAGGAUCACACAAGUUCUUGACCUGAGUCAACUGGGACAGUGAAUCCAGUGUUUUGGGUCCUGUGAGCUAGAGUCUAGAACCUCUAGUGAAUCUAGUGGUUAUGGAUCCUGUGAACUGAGAUCUGAGAUUCCAAAGUGCUACUCUGUAGAGUGCAGUACUUUUACACACUCUUGGGGAGAUUGCUCAGCCUUGACUCUAGCCUGCACUUCAAUUUUUAAUAAAAAGAACUUGCAUUUAUAUAGCGCCUUUCACAACCUCAGGAUGUCCCAAAGAGUUUUACAGCCAAUUACUGUAAGUACUUUUGAAGUUUAAUCACUAUGGAAAUGUAGGAAACUUAAGUCCGAAUGGUUGUAGAGUCUGAAGGUCUGUAUCGGACAAAUGUAUCUCUACCUAGUGGAUUUCUGAGUAUUAGUUCAAAAUAACAAAAAAAUAGUCACUUGGUGGUACAGAUCUGGAAUAUACUGGAAAGAGAGAUGAAUGCAAGACAAAAAGCUUAGGCAAAGUAUCUCUUUUCAGUAGGAUUCAAAUAAAUAAUACAUUUGAAAAUCAGAUUUAAAAACAAGAGUUGUAGGACAGACUACAUUUUGGAUAUCCAGAUUGCAGUUUUUGGCAUGGAGUGGUAUUCGAUUGUAAAAAGGGGUCCACACCCAAAACAUUGACCUGCAAUUUCUCUUUACAGACACUGACAGAUCCAUGGGUGUUUCUGGUGUCUUUUCUUUCUGUAGCCUGAUAAAAAUGCAUUCAAGUGGGACAGGUUAGAACCAUUUUUGAAUCCUAGCACUGUGAUCCAGUUGAUUGAUGUCAGUGCUGUUACUUUGCUAGCUUCAGUUGGAGGUGUCAUGGAGAUGAAUCCUGCUACAGAGUUUGUAAAUGCAUGGUGGGGCUGAUUCUAUGAAUGGUACCAAGGUGGCUGGGGCCAGAAGAGGGUGAGAUUUUGUGCUGGGAGACACUCUGGAAUGUUUAAUAAAAGAAUCAUUAAGCUGUGACAUUGUGCCUCACAAGGAUUUUGAACUUUGCUUGCCCACUCUGCUAAGUUAGCUGAUUUUAGUUAGGGCAUAAUUCAGUUGAGGGCCCAGUGUCCUUGGCUUUAGGAAAGGAAUUGGCAAAAGGUCAUCUUUCAGAUGCAGAAAACCUAUGGCUUAACAAUUUACCCAAUAUUUGUUUUUAGUCAGGGUAUAUGAAGGAGAUAAAAUGUACAUUUGGUGAAAUAACUGGCUCAUAGAUUCAAAAUUUAGAGAUUGCUGCAAAGACUUUAAAAAUACGUACAGAACUACUGGUUGCCACUGACACAUCAGAAUCAAUAAAUAAGUCAAUCCUGUGCUGUUGGAUUGUGUUAAUGACCUUGGAAAGGCUUAACUGAACCAUGUAUUGAUGUAGACAGUCAACAAGCACAGUAUGCAUGCACAAACUCUUGACAGUAAGCACUGUCAAUCAGACUUGCCCCUACUCCUCAUCCCCACCUCUUAAAAGGGAAUACAGUUUCUGGAUCAUGUAUAUCUGUAAUAGUACCUUUUUAAAAAUUUGUUUUUGAAGUUGAAGUUUUGCCUGAAUGAACUUUACCUGCCACAUCUAACCCCUGGUACCUAUUUGAACAGAGAGAGUGAGGUGGAGAGAGAAUUCUUGGCUGCUUGACCUGAUUUUCUACUUGGCUGUAAAUCUGUAGAGAGACAGUACAAAUAUAAGAUGCACAUUGUCUUGUUUUAUACAGCAAAAGAAACCUGGAAAAAAUAUUAAAAAGGUGUAAUGCUGAACAAUUUCCCCUCAAAAUUGUUUGUAAUGUUUUUUAAUGUUAUCUUGUGCAGGGGAAAUGUGUUUUAUUUUCUUUGUUUCGAAGCCUUUCCUUGUUCCGUGUAUCUCUGCUUGUAUAUUAAAUGCUAGUACUUAACGAUCUGUAUUGCUGUCAUUAAACGUUAUGUAAAACUUACAA